AUGGAAGAUUCAGUCGUUAUAUCGACUCCGGUGAAUGCUACUACAGCUGUUACUAUUCCUUCUAAAGUGGGACCUGUGAAAGUUCUGAAACGUAGUGCUCGACGUUGUCUAUUUGGACGUCCGGAUCCACAAAAUGUUGAUCAGUGGUUAACAAAAGAGUUAAAUGAAAUUCGGCGUGAACAGCAACUGAGAUGGGGUUUCUUGUUCAGUUCUGAAAAUCCGUGCCCAUCGACAAUCACUGCGGAGUGGGAAUUUACUCCUGUUCCGGCGGAAUCGGUUCCUCAAUUCUAUCACAGUUCCUAUUAUUUGUCUAGUCGACCAUGUGAAACUGAGAACUGUAUGCCUUGCAGUAGUAGUAUAAGUAACAACUGCAGUGUGGAUUCUACGUCUACUUCUGUAACAGCAGACUACUCAGGUCCAGAAGUACCGGUCCUACCAGUCACAUCAAAUCCAUCGAAAUGCAAAGAACGACGUAUGGCUAAGAAACAGACAAAACUAACUGCAUUUAUGAAUGUUGACUCACGUAAGCGGUUGCGCCAGCAGACUAAAAAAGCUCCAUCAUCACCGAAAUCAAUACGUUUGAUCGGUCACUGCAGAUCGCUCAUAUAG